AUGGCCUCCCUCUCCCGCUCGGUCUCGUCACUGGCGGUCAGCUCGCGCAUCAAUGUCGUGCUUAGAGUCGGUUCGCGAGUGCCUCGUGCUGCACUUGUCAACAGAGUCAGUGGAACCAACACCACAAUUGGAUGGCGAUUCGGAAGCAGUGCUGCCGCAAUUCCCAAGAAGGAUCCUAUCGCUAGCGAUGCGCAUGCCCCAACCAAGAUUGUUGGUAACUCAAAGGUGUACAAGAGCGCAGAGGAUGCAGUAGCAGACAUCAAGUCCGGCUCCACCAUCCUGAGUUCCGGUUUCGGUCUUUGCGGUGUUGCAGAAACAAUCAUCCAAGCAAUUGCGAAAAGAGGACCCGGCGAGGUCACCAACUUGACGGCAGUCUCCAACAACGCUGGUGUGGGAGAUGGCGGUCUUGCUUCUCUGGUCAAGUCUGGUCAGGUCACCAAGCUGAUCAUCUCGUACCUGGGUGGUAACAAGGUGCUCGAGAAGAAGUAUCUCUCCGGAGAUAUCGGCAUUGAGUUGUGCCCACAAGGUACUCUCGCAGAGAGAAUCAGAGCUGGAGGUGCAGGCAUCCCGGCUUUCUUCACACCCACCGGUGUCAACACCGCUAUCAUGACUGGUGACAUUCCUGUCAGAUUUGGUCCUCCCGCCGAGGGCUCCUCAGAGCUGUCUGUACUCGAGGCCGGUACUCCUCGCGAGACUCGCGUUUUCGACGGCAAGACCUACAACAUGGAGCGCGCAAUCAAGGGUGACGUUGGUGUUUUGAGAGCAUGGAAGGUUGACGAGGCUGGUAACUGUCGCUUCCGCUACACCACUCAAGCAUUUGGUGUUCUCGUCGCAAAGGCCGCCAAAAUGUCCAUCGUCGAAGCCGAAGAAAUCGUUCCCGUAGGCUCAAUCCACCCUGACGAUGUCCACCUCCCCGGUAUCUACGUCGAUCGUAUCAUCAAGGCCACAGCCGAGAAGGGCAUUGAGGCCAGAAUGACCCGUCCUUCAGAGGAGAUCACGACCGAGUCUGUUCCUGCUAAGGAGAAGUCACCCGCCCUGGUCAGAAGAGAGAGAAUCGCCAAGCGCGCCUCAAAGGAAUUGCACAACGGCAUGUACGUCAACCUUGGAGUUGGUAUGCCAACUUUGGCUCCAUCAUUCCUCAACCCUGAUGUCAAGGUCUGGAUUCAGUCUGAGAACGGUCUUCUCGGUCUUGGUCCUUACCCUCUUGAGGAGGAGGUCGACGCCGAUCUCAUCAACGCUGGAAAGGAGACAGUCACCAUGGUUCCUGGUGGUGCCACUUUCGACUCAGCCGAGUCUUUCGCUAUGAUCCGUGGUGGACACGUCGAUGUCUCUAUCCUUGGAGCCCUGCAAGUCAGCGCCAACGGAGAUUUGGCCAACUACAUGAUUCCCGGUAAGGUCGUCAAGGGUAUGGGAGGUGCCAUGGACCUGGUGUCCAACCCUGAGCAGACCAAGAUUGUUUGCUUGACCGACCACGUCGACAAGUACGGCAAGCCCAAGGUCGUUCAAGAAUGCUCGCUGCCUCUUACUGGAGCCCGUGUCGUCAGCACCAUUAUUACCGACAUGUGUGUCUUCCAGGUUGAUCGCAAGGACGGCGGCCUUACCCUUACCGAGCUGGCUGAGGGUGUCACCGUCGAGGACAUCAAGGCCAACACCGAUGCAUCAUUCACAGUCGCAAAGGAUAUCAAGUCAAUGGAGUAA